CUAGUCUCUAUCUCUCUCACACACAGUAAUGAGGUAUCUGUUUUUCUAGACAGAGAGAGAGUCAGCAGAGCACGCUUGCUGCCUUGCCCACGGAUCACAACAAAUUUCAAGGGUUGCGUCUUGUGUGAGAACUUCUCCAAUUCCGUUUACAAAAACAGAUUCUUUCUCCUUCUUCUAAUCUCUUCCAAUCUUUAAUCCCCUUGCUUUCAGCCUUUCUUUACUCCCAACAAAAAGACAGAAAGUUUGUAAUAAAGAAAACCAGAGAAAUUAAAAUUAAAGCUUUGGAUCACAAUCCUAUUUAGCUAACACUUCACUUGUAGUUUUCCCUGUUUCUUCUUGUCUUUGCUCUUCAUCUUGUAGUCUGUCACACUCCAUUCAGGUUUCACUGUCUGGGUUUCACAGUUCUUGAGGUUGAGGCAUGGGGGUGUCUAUAACUUUCAGCUUUAAUUGAAAGAUCUCUGUGGAGUGGGUUUUUUUGUUUAUUUUGUGUUGUCAGGAAAAAAAACAUGGAGGGAUAUUCAAGAAAGGAAGAGAAAUGCAAUAAGGUUCUGUUUGAAGGGAGAAGCCAUGGGGUUUCUGAAGAGAAAAAGCUGGAACUGAGGCUUGGUCCACCAGAUGGAGAGUGGUGUGUGAAAGAUAGGUCCAAGGUUAGGGGAAGAGAUGAUUCACAUUCACACCUCUCCUUCACCCAUUUCUCCUGUGCUUCUGCAAAGAGAGGGUUCUUGGAAGCUCCUGUUAAUGGAGCCCAACCCCCCCAUCAGUUCUCAUCCUUCCUUGGCCUUCAAUCACCCAGCCAGAGCCAGUGUUUGCCUGUGAGGCCCCAGGAACCAUCACAACCUGGGUGUUCUAAAGGUGUAGACUUGAACAGUUCAGAGAAGAUGGCAUUUUCACCACCUGCUGUGCCAAACACCUCUCAGAAAAGGACUGCUCCUUCUCCAGUUGUGGGGUGGCCGCCACUUCGUUCGUUCAGGAAGAAUCUUGCAAGUAGCAGCUCUCUGAAACAAAUCCCGGAGUCACAAAAUGCAGUCUCGAACAAGUUUUCGAGUGAAAAACCGAUGGAAAGGAGCCAAAAAGGUUUCUUUGUUAAGAUUAACAUGGAUGGAAUCCCGAUUGGAAGAAAAGUGGAUCUCAGCGCCUAUGACAGCUACGAAAAACUUGCUUCUGCUGUCAAUGAACUCUUUAAAGGCCUUCUUGCAGCUCAAACUGAAGGGGGAGAGAAAGCGAUAACUGGAUUGUUAGAUGGAAGCGGGGAAUAUACCCUGGUUUACGAGGAUAAUGAAGGGGACACGAUGCUCGUUGGGGAUGAUGUCCAUUGGCAAAUGUUUGUGUCGACUGUGAAGAGGCUGCGCGUGUUGAAAACCUCUGAGCUCUCGAGUCUAAGCCGUGGGAAGCAGGUGAAGCUCUAACUUAACAAGGAGGAAGCUAAGCAGCCUUUUGUGUGAAGAGUCUUUUGCAAAUAUUGUGUUGAGUUGUUUUUGUAAGUCAUCUAUGUUUUUGGAUAAAAUUUUGAGUUGAAGCAGAAAUGUUCAGAAAAAAAUAAACAUGUAAUUGUAUGUAUAAUUCCAGCAAUCUUUUCGUUCCUGUGAAGACAAA